CGACUGCACAGCACCAGUCCACUCGUCAGAGGCAGCGCAGCCAUGGUCAGACUCCGCCGCUUCCACAUCCAGGCCCUCGAGGGGACCAUCCUGGCCGGGCUGGUCGCCAUGUGUCUCCUGCCGGGGCCGCUGUCUCUUCCGUCGGUGAGCGCCAAGAGAACAACCACGCUCGUUCGGAUGGAGAGAUUGGGCAACUGCCCGGAAUACCCGAACCUGCCCUGCGGCUUCUCAGAGUCGGGAGUGUUCCCCAUGGGGAAAACGCAGUGGGGCAGGGGCAUCAUGGUGUUCGGCAGGAACUACACCAGGUUCACCAAGGUGGUGGCGCGCAUCCUAAGGUGCACCGACAGGAACGACCCGCACUGCGAGCUUUUCCAGACCUGGCGUUUCGGAGACGAGUCCUGCUCGUUCCUCACCAUGAAGGGUAUGCUGUGGACGCCGCUCUUCCGCAUGAUCCCGACGCAGAGCUGCCCCAUCCGAGCGGGCGCGUUUAAAAUGGAAAACGUGACGGUCGACUUAGAAAGGUUAAAGGCGAUAAACUUUCCAGACAAAGGUUACUGGAAAGUGAACGUAGAGGUUGAAGCCGACAAGAUUCCGAAGCAACUGUGCUACUACUUCGAGGCUACCUUCAUCAAAGUGCGAGAAUGAGAAUCAGCAGUCGACGGGCACAAAACUUCAAGCUGACACUUGAAGUUCGCAACUGGAAAGUUGCUUAGAUUCAAUAGUAGAAACGUUAAAAAUCAAUUUAAGUAACGGGAAUGAAAUCAGAUGAUACAAUAGUUGUAAGAGAUGUGUCUCAUUUCAAAAUUUCGGAGGAGGGUAGCCUACUGUAAAAAAAUGUUUCGAAAUUGGGUUGCAUUGAUAUAUUGUGCAAUUGGCAUGUGUCCAAACGCUACGUGUUCGUACUGGAAAUUCGAAUACGCUAAGGUGUUCAACUCGGUUCAACUGGGAUAUUGAACACGUCGCGCGGCCAGAAUUGCUUGAGCAACCUUGCAGUUGAAGACUUUUGAGUGUUCGUAAUCGUUCGAAAUAUCCAGUCCCACACGUCAAAGUAUAUGUGCAACGUAGUGUUCAGCACUCGCAUAUGCACGCCAGUUGAAAGCUCAACUCAACAGUGUAGUUUUUUCACUUUUAAAAUAAAUAAAUAUGUACGACCGAAAAA